AUGUAAGUGAUCUAUCAGAUGAGUUGUUUAAGAAAGCAUAUAUUAAAAAGCAAAACAUAUUUUUUAGAAGUGCAUGAUGAUGAGAUGAUUUUGAGUGAACAUAAAAAUAUGUUAAAUGCAAAGUAUGUUGUAUCAUACAAAUGGGAAACAAGGGUAAUGUGGAAAGUUUCUGAAAAUGAAGAAUUGUGUGCAUUCGGAAUUUAUUAUAACAAUCGGAUAAAAUGGUUUGAUUCUGAUCAUAAUUCAUUAAACUUACUUAAAAUACACUUGUCAGCAAGAGUCUUUUUUGGGAACAUUUCAAUAUUCUAUGAUUCAAAUUAAAUUUUAGGUCAAGGAGCAUCUUCAAAGGUUUGCUUAGUAAAAUGUAAAAAGAGUAUAUCACAUUAUGCAGCCAAAUGCAUUUCUAAGAAAUACUUGUUAUAGAAAAAAUCAAAUGACAGAAUUAAUAGAUUAAGAUAAGAAAUUGAAAUCCUUUAGAAAUUAGAUCAUCCAAGUUUUAUUAAGUUAUACGAGAUCUAUCAAGGAGAGAACUCAUAUUAUAUUGUGACUGAUUAUUUGGAAGGUCACACCCUCUACAACUACAUUAAAACUUAUCCAGAUGAUCAUAAACAAGUUUCUUAUACUAAUUAGAUAAUCAUAACAGCUUUGAAUUACUUGGACUCAAAGAAAAUUAUUCAUAGGGACAUCAAACUUGAAAAUAUACUUUUAUAAAAGCCAAAUGAGAUAACAUCUCUUAAAAUAAUUGAUUUUGGAUUAGCCACAUAUUAAUAACCUCUUUAAAAAUUAAGCGUGUGUGGAACACCUGGAUAUAUAGCACCAGAAAUUCUCAAACAUUCUAAUAAUGAAGAAUAUUUUACUUAAAAAUGCGAUAUCUUUAGCGCAGGAGUUAUCUUCUAUAAAUUAUUAACAAGGAGGACAUUAUUCAGAGCAGAAAACACUCUCGAAAUAAUGGAAAAGAAUAAAUAAUGCUAAAUAAAUUUUCAAGAAUUCGAAUUCAAAUUAUAAAAGGAAACAUUGAGUUUAUUGAAAGCUAUGUUAGAUCCAAAUCCAAAAACUAGAUAUUCAGCAUAGUAAUGUUUAGAUCAUCCAUAUUUUAAUUGCAAAUUAGAAAAUAUGAACAUUUUAUAAGAAAUAUUGGAUAAAGCAACAGGAUUCUCAGGAAUAACUUAAAUUAUUGAUUAAAAGGAAACACAUUCUAUUGGAUAAGAAUGCCAGGCUGCUUAAGUUAAAAGAUGCAAUCCAACAUCUUAUAAGAUUAGGAUAGAAUAACUCAAAAGAUCUAAAAGUCCUAGAAAAUACGCAGAUUUCUAAUUAUAUUAUCCUUCCUUUUGUUAAAUGAAUUCAUUAGAAAGUAUUAGUAGUAAAGGAUCAUCCUAUAAUAUUUCCCAUAUCGAAAAUCUUAUUAAUGAUAAACUCGAUUCUGUAAUUGAAGAAGACGAAAAACAAUAAAUAUAUAAUUUAUGA